AUAACCCUUUGAGAUAUUCGCUUCUGUGUUGGUAUCAAAAGUUCAAAACUGAGCCAUCAGAAACACUUAAAAUGCCAAAAUUAGCUGCCUUUUGAUAAGCACUUUUACCUGAAGAGACACACAGAGAUGGCAGUGUUCGUGAGAUCGAAGCGAGUCACUGACCCGCUCGAUGAUAGAGUGAAAGCGCGAAUCGUCGGCCGUGGCUCAGUCCCCGUCAGCAGCGGCAGUAGCAGCGACGCCGGGGAAGAGUCGCCGUGCCUCUCCGAUCUCGUCUACGGCUUCCUUGAGGACUGCGCCGAAGCUCAACCGUCCGAGAUGGAAUUGGGUUCCGAGAACGACGAUGACGACACUUCGCCGUUCGAUCCCACAGAGGUGGUUGCGUCUCUGCUUUAUCCGAAGGCCAAUGUCGAUCGGUACCGUACAUUGCUUUUCUCGCAUGUCUCCAAGGCCGUGGGUUCGCUCUCGUGUCCGAGAUCAAACAAGGCGGCGAUCCGGCGGAAUGUCGCCGCGGUGCUCAGAGAUCUCGGCCACAAUGCGGCGGUGUGCCGCACCAAAUGGGACGGCUCGGGCGGGCUCACCGCCGGGAACCACGAGUUUAUCGACGUCCUCAGAUCGGAGAAACGCUACAUCGUGGACCUCGACUUCGCCGGCGAGUUCGAGAUCGCAAGACCGACCGAUCAGUACAAGCGUCUCAUCCAAACACUGCCUAGGGUUUUCAUCGGUAAAAGCGAGGACUUAAAGAAGAUCGUGAAGCUAACGUGCGACGCGGCUAAGAGAUCGCUGAAGAGCAGAGGGCUUCACCUGCCACCCUGGAGGAAGAAUCGAUACAUGCAGAACAAGUGGUUCGGGCCUUGCCGGCGUACCGCCACACCAAGCCCGCCACUGGCGCCGGCAUCGACGGAGUUCACUGUGAAAUGCCGGUCAGUGGGGUUCGACGCCGUUUCGGACGGCCGUUUCUUUGUGCGUACAAGAUGAUCAUAAUCCUUAACGAAAAAUAAAAUAUUGUAAAUAUUGGUUGUAUCGUUUGCUGAUUCGAGAA